ACACACCGCUACAGACAUAUACAGCAUGGUGAAUUGGGGGAAAGAAGGCGCCGUUGGUUGACAGGGGAAUCCUUAUUGUAUGUGUUUUAGCUCUGGCAGAUAACUUGUAUUGUAGGGCAAGGUCACAUGCUUGUGUAAACACUGGGUAAGUUAUCUAAAACUGAUAAUCCGGCUGUCUGGGGAAGAUACUAUCCUGAGCAGUCAGAUCACGGACACAACGCCCCCCGUCAUUGUGUUGUGGAUUCAGCUUCCUUUUUCGCAAUGUCUUACGGUGUUUAUCAGUUCAACAAAGAAAGCAUCGAUGUGACGGCGGCUAUGCAAAAAGACUAUGAUGACAACGGAUACAUUGCAUACAAACAAUUUCUUGAUAAGGAGGAGCUCGAUAACAUUUUGAAAGUUCUCGAAAACCCCGAUUUGAUAGAAAAAUAUGGAUACGGCGUUCCGGACGGACUUGGUACCAAAGCUAAGAUGGUCAUUUGGGGCCAUCCUGGAAGUGACGUAACAGGCAUGCUGGCUCGAAGCGAAAAAGUUGUCAAUACUUGCGAACAGCUGAUGGGCGGAGGCGAGGUUUAUCAUUAUCACGCCAAGUUUAUCCGGAAAGAUGCAUUCGACGGCGGCUGUCACCUUUGGCACCAGGAUUAUGGGUAUUGGUAUCAGAAUGGAUGCUUGUUUCCAGAGGAUAUGAUAACCAUGUUCGUUGCUAUUGAUAAAUGUGAGAAAGAGAACGGAUGCCUUCAGAUCCUGAAGGGUUCUCAUAAAUGUGGUAGGAUUGAUCACAAACCAGUAGCUGGACAAACCAUGGCUGAUACCGACAGACUGAACGCGAUUAAAGAAAAGUGUCUACUUGAGCAUGUGGAGCUCAAUCCCGGUGACGCUCUAUUCUUUCAUGCCAACUUGAUCCAUACCAGUGCUCCGAAUACAAGCCCGAAGAGGCGCUGGGCAUUGCUACAUUCAUACAACAAAAAAUCUAACGAUCCUAUCUAUAAACAUCACCAUCCUAAUUAUACACCCCUAACGAAGGUACAAGAUAUUUGCAUCAAAGAGUGCAAAAACUACACUGACUUUUCCGGAAAGGACUUUAUGGAUCCAAAAUCGGACAAGACAACAGAGGGAGAAAAAGAGAAGGAGACAAAAUGAACAAGUGUUGUGCAUCGAGUAAAAUCAUUGAUCAACAUAAACAUUUGAAUUAAUGUCCUAAUGUGUUCAAUUAUAAUGAAGUGCUGUAAUAAAAUAUAAUAAAGAG